UUGAAGCGGAGAGCCGCAGCAACAAAAAUACAACAAAUAUUUCGAGGAUAUUUGGCUAGAAAAUACAAUCGACCCAAAAUUAAGUGUCUAAAAAAGAUCCAAAAUCUCAACAAAAACGUCAAACAAAUAGAAAUAGUAGCCUUAGGGAUGAAAGAAAAUAAUAAGAAAAGUGUGGCCAAAGACAUAAACAAUUUGAAAGAGGAAAUUAAGAAAGCAAUUUCUAAAAUUAAGGGAGAAAGCAAAUUAAGUGAAAACACUAUCGAUGACUUGUAUAAUCAACUCGCUUCUAAAAUUAAUAAAUACAUUAACGAAUUAAAGAAAAGUGUUACUCAAGAGAAUGAAAACUUAAAAGAGUUAGAGCAAAGUAUGAAACAAGAAAUUAAACUGAACGAAAAGGAAGAAAGAAGAAAACGUACAGAACAAAUAAAUAGAACUAUAAAUCUCAAUUCGAUUCGAAGAAAGAAACAAGAACAACUGGAACGCAAAAAACAGGAUGAAUUGGAUAAACAAAGAUUAUCGGAACUUCAAGCGGAAAUAGUAAAGUUAGCGGAAGAAGAACAAAGACUUCGCGAAUUGCUUGAAUUAGAAAGACAAGACCACGAAGUGGCGCUUCGAUUGGCUGUCGAAAGUAAUGGAAAAGUGGACGAAAGUUCACAGAUUGGCCCUAGAUUAGAAGCGGUAAAAAGACAAAAGAGAGCUGCUAUUUACGGCAACGCAAAAUUAGAUCUUUCAAAAUGGAAAUAUUUUGAACUUCGUAACAUUCUUGUUAGUUCUCCUGCCGACGAAGAACUGUUAGAAGCCUGUAAAUAUGAAUUUCAUCGUCGUCUAAAAAUUUACCAUGAAUGGAGAUUGAAAAACAAAGGAACAGCAUCGGCUAGUUUAAAUGACGACAUUGAAAGAAUUCCUCAAGCUAUCGCAAAAAGAAAACCAAAACCAUUAAAUCUGGAUAAUCAUGACAACAAGGCGAGAUAUUUCCGAGUAGCAAUCAGAAAAUCAGGAUCAAAAGAUCCUCGUGAAAGGGGUUGGUGGUAUGCCCAUUUUCAGGGACAGUACGUUGCCAGGCAAUUACACUUACUCCCUAAUAAACGACCAGUUCUUUUAGUUGCAGGGAAGGACGACCUACAAAUGUGCGAAUUAUCUUUAGAAGAAUCGGGAUUAUUGAAAAAACGAAAUGCCGCAAUUUCAGAAAAUGAAUUUGAAACACAAUGGGAACAAUAUGGGGGAAAACCGUACAUUUCAAUCUAAUAACAGCGUUAACCGACCAACUUUAGUACAAUUUCAUUAAUUAUACAUAAUUUUUCAUUUCAUAAGAUAAAAUAUAACUUAAAGAAGC